CUCGCCGAAGAAGUUAUGAGAUGACUUGUGCGUCGGUUGACCUCGUAAGUUGCUAAAUGAUCUAGGAAGUCCUCUACCUACGAUCUGGGUUGUUUGUUGCUAUAGAGGUAUGGAGAGUUGCAUUGGUUUGAGUUAGGUUUGCUUGGGGACAAGCAAACGGUUAAGUGUGGGGGAGUUUGAUAGACCGUCAUUUACACAUGUUUUUACCCCCAUUCUUACACCGUUUGAGGUGUUGAUUCUCGUGUUUUAGGCCGAUUUCACGCUAGGUUGUGCUUUUUUGUGAUGUUUCAGGUCCUAGUACGUGAAUGAAGGCUUAGGAGCGAGUCUGGGGUCGAUUGGACGAAGAACGGACGAAUUGCGAGGUUUUUGGGGAGCUGCACGGGCAGACCAGGGAGGCUGCACGGCCGUGCACGUGAGCAAUAUGGCCGUGCGCCUUAUGCCGAGGACACGCACGGGCAACCCCUGAAGCUCGCACGGCCGUGCACCCUGGCCGUGCGAGAGGGCUGAAGUUCGACUAAAUGACACGCUGCGUUUUGAGUUGCACGGCCAGAAUGGUGAUAUGCACGGCCGUGCACCCUGGCCGUGCGAGUCGGGAUUUCCUGGUUUUAAGCCAAAUUCCGAACCAAAGAGGAGGGAGAGCUGGGUUUUGGAUCCCAAACACCCAAGGGACGAACCCUAGAGAGAGAGAGCGACUUGGGAACAUUCUUGGAGCUAUUUUGGAGGAUUUCUUCGCCAUUGGAGCUCGGGAAUCAAGCUUGGAGAUGGAGAUUGAAGAUCUAGACCAGAUUUCUGCAGUCUCUCUCUUCUCUAUGGAGUAACUUCCCUUCACUUAGGUUUUGAGGAACCUUAGUUCCAUGAGUUAGGAUCUUUCUUGUAUGAAGUUUUGGAUGCUAUAUUGUUUGAUUAUAAUCGAAUGAUGCAUGUUUAUUGAGUCAAUUGAAGUCUGAUCAACUUUUCCUGAUUCCUGCUGCAAUCUGAGAUGGAUAGAAUCUGAUUAGGUUGCUAGAGUCUCAUCAUUCGGUAGUAGGAGAUUGGCUAUACGAGAGUUAGCCAGUUUACUGCUUUGUACUGGAAUCCAAUUCCAGUAGUGGAGUUCUGUGCUUAUUGCUUCAGCUUUCUAUCCCGGUGAAGACUAGUCGUCUGCCGGAUAGUUAGACUGAGAGGGCUUGGUCAGCUUAAGAGAUUCCAAGCUACUGUCGGAUCUUCCGCAGUUUAAUCAACAGUAAAUCAACCAAAAUGAAUUACAACUUGGACCUAAUUGAGGAGCUAGGGGGAAUCAUACCUAAGUGAGUUCCCAAACUGUAAUUAGUAGUUUUACUUAGUUUAGUUAGUAGAGUAGUUUAGUUAAUCAAUCCUUAAUCUAGUUUGCUAGAUAAUGAACUGAAGCUGAGUAAUAGUAACUCUAGAGACCCGUGGAUUCGAUAUUUAUUACUUGUGCCACUAUACUGCAGUCCCUUUCAUUGGUUACACUUGGACAUUGUUAGGUGUUGUGUUUUAGAGCAUCAACUCUCCUGCACCCACACAAGCACCUAGCGGACCGAAUUGGCCCGUUAGCACUCCGACGCUCAAGUAAGAACCUACUCUUUAGAGAGAGAAGUGUGGGAAAAGUUCUAGUCAGAGAAGCAAAACUGAGUAAAUGAGGUUCACCUACUCGACUAUUUAUACCUGAGGCGAGAUCGACCGGUACACGUCGCUCUCGCCCUGUGUCAGACCCGCCAUAAAUGCAUCGUACACCCCUGGCUCAUGCGCCUCGACCAUCUGGCACGUUGGUCAGAGAUCGAAGGCGCAUGACAUCAUCUCUUCAGCUUUUCGUACACUUCCGACCGUUGUUCGCUUUUGUCUCACACGCCCUUCGCCAGGGGCCUGGUCCCACCUGUCUCUCAUGCUGUCUUCAGCCGCCCAGGCUCAAGUCUGGGCGCCCUUCGGCCCAGUAUUCCUGCCCUCAUGGGCUUUCUCUGUCCCUUUGGUUGGGCCCGUGCCCCCGGUCCAUAAUAACUUAUUUUGGGCUUUUCCUUUCUGGGCUGGCCCAUGCUCGUUCCCCCCAACAAACGUAAAAAUGACUAAUAUUUUGAUACAUUAUGAAAGAUUUGGCUGAUUAAUAGAAUUUUAAUAGGUUUGGAUAAUAUAAGAGAAUCUGAAAAAAUAUUUGAAUAAAAAAUAGAUAUUGCCCAACUUUUUUUUUUUUAAUAUAAAGUUGAUAUAGAUUUAUUUUUAUAUUGUUGUACUACUUAAUAGAUUCCAAUCGAAAAUCUAAAGAAACAUGAUAAUAAUACCACUCGAAUAAUCUCUUAUGGAUAAUAACCCUAUUCUAAUAAAAUUUAUCUACGAAUGAAAUUCUAAAGUUGGCGACAAACAGUAAAAUACUUGACGGUAAAUAACAACUCCCUUAUAUUUUCUCCAAAUAUCUCCAUCUAGUAGCUGGUCGUACAAGCUUGAGAGAGUCACGGGGCGAUCGGAAAAUAAUUCCAGUUUCGUCGUGAAGCUAGCUAGCGAUGUUUUCUUUUUUCCCCGCUCCUUAUUGUUUGUGUGGUGGGGGAUGAAAUAAUGCUGCUGUGUGUGGAAUUCUUCACUUUCCCCUAUGGUAUAAAAAUAAAAUAAAUAGUUCUUCCCUGUCACAGACAAACAAGGUCAGAACCAAAAGCAGGAAAUGAUCGAUCGGUCGAUGAGAGCCGCCAGCUGCCGGCCAGCCCCCACAGUACGUACAUGGUGAACUCUCGUGAGUGAAUCGGAUGCAAUAUUUAGGUACAAACAAAAAAUAAUAUAACUUCUGAUAAUUAAUCACUAUUUGUCUGUGUUGCAUGUAUAGGUGUCAAUCGGAUGAUUCGGGCGAGGUUUAAUUGGAUUAUGGUUCAAACGGGUUGUGGGUUAGUCGGGUUCGGGUUCAAACGGGUUGGGGAUUCAUUGGGUUUGGGCUCUUCGGGUUUUGGGUCGAGCGGGUUAUGGGCGGAUCGGGUUAUGGGUUGUUCGGGUCAGCGCAUCGAGUAGCUUACUCAUUACUCGUUACCAACUUACACAUUCUAUUACACUAAUUUAAAAUAUUUUUCUCAACUUUUUACCAAUUUCUUUAUACCUCGUAUAUAUAUACUUAAUUUAAAAAACUAGUCAAAAUGUUGAAUCACUUUGUAUGACUUGCAAACUUGUUAUGUAAUUAAUCGUAAUUGGUGUAGUACACUAGCUAAUAGUAACAGUGAUAUCAACAUUCGCAACCAAAGACACCAUUAAUUGUUUAUUUGAUAUUUUAGUAUUAUUUCAGUAGUAAUUGGAUUAGAGUAUCUCAUUUAGUAUAACCAUGCAAAUUUGGUAUUUGGUGCGUGGUAUUUGGCAAAAGCAGAGUGAUAAAAGGUUUUAUUUCGAAAUAACUCAUUGUCCAAUUAACUUUAGUAAAACUGUUGCCAAACAAGUUAUUUGUAAACUUGUUCGAAUUAUCCUAAAUUGAACCAUUAAAGAUUAACUAUCAAAUUAAGUAAAAUUGUUGUGACUUCAAUCAUAACUUACUCAAUAACAUAUAGCAUAUACACUUAGCCUUACCCUUAAUCGAAAAUAUUAAGUUAGCGUAUGUUGUUGAUCCUAUACUCUAAACCAUCAAUAAAUUAUACACUAACCACAUACCCUAUACCCUGAAUAUAUCCUUAUGAGUUGUGAUUUUGCUAGUAUAGUUAAUUUAAAUGUGAAAUUCAUACUUUGAUUUUCAAAACAUAGAUGAAAAAGUUAUAUUUGCUUAUUGUUAAACCCUAACCAUAUAUCUUAUACUCUACACCAUAUACCCUGUACCCUAAACACGUACCAUAAACAUAAAUUAAAAAGAGAUCUCCUGCCGUUAAAGGCUUCAAAUGACUUCAAGUGAAUAUAUGUUAAUAAAAAACUUAGAACCGUCAAAAUCAUCAAUACCUUAUACCCUAAGCAUAUACACUUUAAACCAUCUGUACCUUAUACCCUAUAGCCUAACCAUAUACUUUAUACCCUAAAAAACGAACCUUCAAAGAUUACUUAUCAAGUUUAGUAUAAUUGUUGGCUCAUAUUCACCUGCCCAUAAAUUUUUCAUUCCAAAGUUCCCACCCAAACCUCCCUCUCAUUUCCCAUUCCAAAGUGACCAGCAAGGCCGCAACUAGAUUAACCAAAAUUUUCAAACCCGCAACGUCAUUGAGUUAUUGCAAUCUUAUGACUUAACAUGUCAAGUUUAACCCCCAUUUUGAAAUAAAAGUUCAACACGAACACAACUUAAAUGUGCCAAAAUUUUACUAAGUGUUGUAAAAUAACUAUCAUGUAGUGUUGAAGUUGUAAUAAAUGUAGAAGCAUAGA